AUGUCCCGGCGACUUUUCGUGACUUGCGGCAUCGCCAUCGCUCUGAGGGGACUGGUGGCGAGCGGGGGCGUGAAAGAGAUUGUAUCGUUCAGGCCAUUGAUUGAUACCUCGCUCGUCGGUGGAAUAUUGUCUAAUCUGAUUUUGCUCGUCGUUUUCGCCGAACUUUAUUGGCAGAUGGACCAUGGGGAUGAUCACGCACACUUCGGCUUCUCAUCCGCGAUCGACGCUUACUACUUCAGCGCGGUCACGUCUUCCUCUGUCGGAUACGGCGAUUUGUUGCCGAAAACUCCGAAGGCAAAACUGCUUGUCAUCGCACAUAUUUUGGCCAUGUUUUUCGUGAUGCUUCCCGUUGUCGUGAAGGCGCUCGAGAAGUAG